GAUGAUAAAAUUGUGUGACAUGAAGAGAGAGAAAGAGAAUGUGCACAGUAUACGAUUACAAUCAAAAUAUUUUAUUCACGAUUAGUUUUAUUGUUUGUUUCGCGAAUGGUGUUCAGCAAAUGUUUACAUAUUCGUUCGUCACUAAUGCGUAUAUUGAGUAACUAAAAGGAUUGCAAACAAAUACAAUAAUGGGUAAUGCGGGAAGCAACCAGCCUGUCAGCCAUCAUCAUGGAAAUGUAGCAAGUAGGGAGCAUCGACGUAACAAAGAUCAUCCUCCACCCUCUCCAGGAAAGGAAGGCCAAGCAUUUGUGUUUGAAAAAAAACCUAGUCUUCUCUUUCACUCUUCCCAAGAGGAAGAAGAGCCAUAUUUUGCAAAAAGUAGCCAACAAGACAGAGAGGAUUUUGGCACACAGCGACCAAGAUCCAAUACUGUCUCUGAAGGAACAAAAGUUGCAGACAAUAAAGUCCUACCAACAGUUUUCAAGUGGGAAGGAGGAGGGAAGCAGGUAUAUAUUAGCGGGACAUUCACUGGAUGGAAAACAUUGCCAAUGGUAAAAAGCCAUGGGGAUUUUGUCACAAUAAUUGAUCUGCCAGAGGGAGAGCAUCAAUAUAAAUUUUUUGUUGAUGGAGAAUGGAGGCAUGAUCCUGGACUGAAAAUUGUAGACAAUGGCAUGGGCUCUAAAAACAAUUUAGUCUCUGUAAGGAAAUCUGAUUUUGAAGUAUUUCAAGCUCUUGCAAAAGAUAGCGAAGGCGUUAAUAGUAGCACCCAAACAGAAUAUGGGCAAGAAAUACCACCACAUAAACCUUGGGAAAAGGUAGCUGGUCCGCCUAUCUUGCCACCGCACUUGUUACAAGUUAUCCUUAACAAGGACACACCAUUAUCCUGUGAGCCUACUCUUCUACCUGAACCAAAUCAUGUUAUGUUGAAUCAUCUUUAUGCUUUAAGUAUUAAGGACAGUGUAAUGGUCUUAUCAGCUACACAUCGUUAUCGCAAAAAGUAUGUUACUACUCUGCUUUAUAAACCGAUUUAAUAUUAAGCUAUUCCUGUAUUUUUUGAUGCUACUCGUUUCUUAACUAUCAUUGAGUAGUGUAGAUGCCAAAUAUGGCACGAUUGAUGCAUAUAGCGAAAUUUUACAAGUUUUUUGGAGGCCAGGGUAUAUUACAAUAUUCAGAAAUGUUUCUCGCUAUGUUUAUUAUAUCUCAGUUAUGUGUAAAAUAAUGUAAUUAUUUAUUAAAACUAAAUAUUUCAUA